AGGCUCUAUAAACGGCUAAUCUACCUGCGUCGCGCCCUAGCAAAACUACACGGCAGUGUCCAUUUGACAGGGCGCCGGGACAUCCGUUAGUUUUGUACAAUGGGCAACAAAGUUGUGACGUUCACUGAACAACAACUAGAGGACUAUCAGGACUGUACGUUCUUCACGAGAAAAGAAAUACUGAGGGUAUUCAAGAGGUUCAGAGAAGUGAACCCAGAGCUGGUGCCGAAGAGCAUGACGGAUAAUGAAGCUCAUACCAUUGCUGUUCCAGUCGAUCAGAUAGAAAAGUUACCAGAAUUAAAGGAAAACCCGUUCAAGCGGCGCAUCUGCCAGGUAUUCUCUCACGACGGCUCCGGAAAUCUUACUUUUGAGGAUUUCUUGGAUAUGAUGUCGGUGUUCAGUGAAGCCGCUCCACGGGAUAUCAAGGCUUGGUACGCGUUCCGUAUCUAUGACCUGGACGAUGACACGUACAUAGGACGGGAGGACCUUCUAGAAGCGACACAGUUACUUACAAAGGGAGAGCUUCAGCAGCACGAGCGGGAGGAGAUCGUGGCUAGCGUGUUGGAUGAAGCUGAUGUGGACGGUGAUGGGAGGCUGUCGUUUAUGGACUUCGAACACGUGGUCGUUAGAGCACCGGACUUUCUGUCUACGUUCCAUAUUAGAGUAUAGACUAUAGAGGUGAUUUUUGUUUGCUUUCUUUUGAUGUGCCGUUUUGUUUACUUUCCAUAUUAGAGUAUAGAGUACAGAUAUAAUGGAUUUAUUGUUGUUGGUAAUUGAAAAGUGC